AUGGCCGCGGCUGAUGACCCGACAAAGGCACCUUCAGUCUCAACGUCAGAUGUAAAGACGACCUUGGACUCUCUACUCUCUCCUCAAGCAACUACCACAACCUUUCCGGCGUCCUUGAGAGCAUCCGUUGCGGAGUCUGAGCUCGAUGAUGAUGAAGCACUUUUUUCGCCCGUAGAGCUUUCCACCCGUGCAAGUUUGGGCCACGCAUCGUCCAGCGCGGACACAAAGAAGCACAAAAAAUCAGCUUCUGUGACCACAAUUCGUUCUGGACACGGCUCUGAACCUAUCUCGCUCAUUGUCAAUCGCGACAAUGAGCUCAAGAAUAACAGAGGAAGCGUGGAAGGUCAUCAGAAAUUGCAAGAAGAAUUCUCCCGUUUACACAAGGAAAAGGGAGAUGAAGCUGUAGAUCAUGGUGACAAUGCGAUCGACUGGGAUUUUUGGGGAGCUGUUAUGUCCGAUUAUACCAAAUUUGCAGAAGAACGGUCGGAAGAGUUAGCGCGAGCAAUAACGAGAGGAAUCCCGGAUACUCUGAGAGGGAUGAUGUGGCAGUUAAUGGCCGCAUCAAAAGACGUAAAACUUGAAGCCCAAUAUCUCAUACUUCUCAAAGAGUCCAGCACUCACGAUAAAGCUAUACUCCGUGAUCUGGGGAGAACAUUUCCCCAUCAUGAUUACUUCACCGAUGGGCAAGGUAUAGGACAGGAAAAUCUGUACAAUGUCCUGAAGGCAUAUUCUCUAUAUGAUCCUCAGGUCGGUUAUUGCCAGGGACUCCCCUUCGUAGUUGCAAUUCUAUUGUUGAACAUGCCGGAUGAAGAAGCAUUUUCGCUAUUUGUUCGGCUGAUGGAGGUGUACGACCUUCGUGGACACUUUCUCCCAGAGAUGCCAAAACUUCAGUUGCGGCUGUUUCAGUUUGAUCGCCUGAUCGAAGACCUACUCCCAGUCCUUCAUGUACAUUUCCUUCGACAGGGCGUCAAAUCCAGCAUGUUCUGUUCUCAGUGGUUCCUGACUAUGUUCAGUUAUCGAUUCCCGCUAGAGAUUGUCUUCAGGAUAUACGACAGCUGUUUGGCGAACGGGAUUGAAGCUAUGUUCGGGUUCAGCAUCGCACUGCUCCACAAGAACGAGGACCUACUUCUCAAUCUAAAUUUUGACCACAUACUGGAGUUUCUGAAUACCAAGUUAUUGGACCGAUACAAAGUAGAAAGAGGCGAUGAGACAGAUGGUAAAUCAACCUACGACGUUGGCGGAUUUGUAAAUGACGCGGUAGCAAUGCGUAUCACCCCCUUCAUGCUGGACAAUUACAGCCAUGAGUACGGCGAAAAGAUGCGUGAGGCCCACAAACAUGCUUUAGAAGUUGAUGAACUCCGGUCGAGUAACCGGUCACUGUCGACACAUGUGAAAACACUCGAGACCAAUUUGGCCCAACUAAACACGGAGCAUGUCGAGGUUUUGAAUGAACUUGUAAAAUGUCGACUUCGAAACGAGGAGUUAGAGGCUGAGCUUGUACGCUAUAAACUUCUAUACGCUGAAGCUAUGCAUGCAAGUGAAGACGCGCAAUCAUCACAACGCAUAUCUUUGAAUCAGAUGUUCGGUGGCUUCAAGAGGAGUAGUAAUAACUCGAAGGGUUCUUAA